AUGAACUCUAACAACAACGCUUCUGUCUCUGUUCAAGCAAGAAAGAGAAUGAGACUCCACAAAAACCCUAAUGGUCCUAAAUGUCCGUGUGGCAGGCGCUUUGACAGUCUUGCUCGAUUAAACGAGCAUGCUGUCAUCCAUCGUGCAUCUUUCAGCAUUAAUCCGAUUAUUGAUAUUCAAAACAUUCCUACAGAUUUCUAUGACAACAAUGAUCCUAUGGAAAUUGAAGAUUGUCCAUUAGAAUUUAAAUCUUCGCAUACCACUUCUGCUGAACUUGGUGCUGCCCAUGUUUAUCAAUGCAAGCCCAUAAAUGAAAACACGUUCAACUAUGUCCAGCAAAUGAACAUAAGAUUGAAUAACUUACUUGAAUCCUAUGGCGCCUCUCGUGAACUUCAGCGUGAUGUUAUUCGAUUCAUCAACACAGUCAUUCGUGAUAAAGAUCGAUUUGAUGUUAAUGAUCGCUUUCAUUUUCCUGAAACAACUGAUAACCUUAUGAGAUCCACUCUUCCCAUUAAAGCCUAUAACUAUGAUGUAUGCAAGAAUGGAUGCAAAAUGUUUGAAGUUGAAAAUGCUGAAGAUACCAGCUGUGAGUACUGUGGUGAACGUAGAUAUGAAGAUGAAGACCUUAAAGAACCAGUUGCCAGUAUGAAGCUCCUUUCUGUUGGUGAUUAUGUAUCAAAUAUGCUUGCCAAAGAAGAUACAAGACAAAUGUUCAAAUAUAGAUCCACUCGCGACACUGAAAUUAAUGUAUAUAAAGAUAUAUUCGACGGUGAUGUCUAUAAAGAUCUUGUAAACAAAGGCUUUUUUGAUGGCGAAUUGGAUGUUGCUCUGGCACUUUUCGUCGAUGGAUUCACUACCCAGCAUAAAGGAAAAAGAACUAUGACAAUAAUUCAUUGCGUAAUUCUAAACGUUGAUCCUUCAUCAAGAUAUACUGAGGAGUUUACUCUACAGCUUGGCGUGAUCCCUGGUCCUAAAAAACCCAAAGAUAUUGAUUCAUUCCUUCAGCCAAUCGUUAAAGAACUGAAAAAACUUAGUACAGAUGGUCUAGCCAUU